GGGGAGAGGCGAAUGUAAAGAAAAGAAACGAAAAGCGAAAGGUCCAAGGAGCUCGAAGGUGCCACUAAAAAAACUGAAUCAUUCGAUAAAGGAUUUGGCGAUGGAUGGCGGAGGAGGGAGGCGGCGAGGGACGGGAUGAUGGGCGCGGCCAAUCCACUCCAUUCCUCAGGCUCUUCUGCUGCUGCUGCUCCGCUUCGUCGUCGUAGUGUGUGCCACAGCCACACCUGCAGCACGAGCAUGCGUGUGUUUGUCUGAACGACUCGUCAUGCGUGCCGGUGUACGAGGACGACGACGCCGCCCUCUCCAGCAUCGAAGAUUUGGUUGGAGCUGCACCGGAGCUCCGACCACCUGUCUCGUGGAUUCUCCGUUGCCGAGGCGGACAGUCUGCUCGUCUAGUUAGGGUUGCUCUGUUCUGCAUUUCCGUCUCGCGGAUUGGACACGGAUAAGCGAGGUUGGAAUCGAGAAUCAGCUGCUGCUGAAUUUCGAUUCUCUUCCCCGGACGAGGAGGUCGUGCUGCCGCUGGGUCUUUUUCGUACCAUCGCGCGCAGGAAUUUUUUACGAGGGUCGGCAGAAUUGGUUGCUCGGUUGCACAUUACUGAGAGGAGGUGCUUUUGAACGGAAUGGAGAACUGGAGGAGAAUGAGAGUAAUGUAGUGCGAGAAUUCUCAGUGAAGUCGAUUUUGCGCAGAGGUUUGGGGUUUUGCUCAAGAAAUGGCAAUGGCGACCCCUACGGCGCACUUUGCGUUCUCAUUGCCCGGGAGUAGCGGUUGCUUAACAUCCAGUUCGUCAAGGAAUUGUGGAAAUGUGCAGCUUAGCUCGUCUGCCAGGUCUUCUUGUGCUUCCGGAGUUGUAUCCGUUUCGUCUCGGCAUUUCAGUCAUCCAGUCGGUUGUUCAACGAGGAAGCAAGUGGAACGUAAUUCUCAGCAUGGCCGAGGAAGACAUGCGUUGACGGUCUGUAGAGUUCAGAAGAACACUGAAAGUAAACUAAAUGUAGGCAAUUUUUAUGGAAGAAUUCCAAGGUCGUUGAAGUGGAGGGGUGCAGAAGAUCUGUUUGGUUCAAAAGGGGAGUUUUUUUCUGGUUCCGGGAUUUUUUAUAUACAAUUCCAAGGUUCGGCGAAAUAUUGUGCGAGCAAAAAGAGAUUGCGGCAGUGUAUAGCCAUGGCCGCCGAUUACUACAGCACCCUUGGAGUUUCCAAAUCUGCCACCAAGCAAGAGAUCAAAAGUGCUUAUCGUAAGCUAGCUCGCCAGUAUCACCCAGAUGUCAACAAGCAACCAGGAGCGGAGGAUAAAUUCAAAGAGAUCAGCAAUGCCUACGAGGUUCUCUCAGACGAUGAAAAGAGACCUUUGUAUGACCAAUUUGGAGAAGCUGGAAUCAAGGGUGGACCGGGUGGCGCCGGAGCCGGAGCUUAUGCCACAAACCCAUUUGAUCUGUUUGAGUCGUUCUUUGGAGGAAGUAUGGGAGGAAUGGGUGGCAUGGGAGGAAUGGGAGGCAUGGGGGGGAUGGGGGGCACCGGUUUUGGAACCAGGAAAGGACGCCCCCAAACUGUACAAGGAGAUGACAUUCGGUACGAUAUGACCUUGGAGUUCACCGAGGCUAUUUUUGGAACAGAGAAAGAGUUUGAGGCUGUACACUUGGAAACAUGUGGAGCUUGUGAUGGUAGUGGAGCUAAAGCCGGUACAAGUCGAAAGACCUGCCCAACUUGUGGGGGAAUGGGUCAAGUAAUGCGGACACAGGAGACCCCGUUCGGCACGUUUUCACAGGUAUCUUCCUGCAGCACUUGUGGUGGUGAGGGUGAAGUUAUUUCCGACUAUUGUAGAAAAUGUGGAGGAGAAGGACGUAUUCGCCUUAAAAAAAUGAUGAAAGUAAAGAUUCCUGCUGGUGUAAACAGUGGGAGUACGCUUCGAGUCAGAGGCGAAGGUGAUGCGGGUCCUAGGGGUGGCCCUCCUGGCGAUCUUUACGUCUUUUUAAACGUGAAAGAGGUCACUGGCAUCCAAAGAGAUGGCGUGAAUCUUUACUCCAAUGUGACGAUAAAUUAUAUUGAAGCAAUUCUUGGUACCCAAACUCAGGUAAAGACUGUUGAUGGAGCAACAGAACUGCAAAUACCAGCUGGGACCCAACCCGGUGAUGUCCUUGUACUAGGCAAAAUGGGUGUUCCUAAAUUGAACAAACCCUCUGCUAGAGGGGACCAUUUUUUCACAGUUAAAGUGACCAUCCCAACUAGAAUAAGUGAGGCAGAGCGGGAAUUAGUUGAGGAGCUGAGCCUUCUUCAAAAGACAUCCAAAUCAGGGACUCGUGGAGGAUCUACAAAAGCGCGAGUCCCUAGCAACAACAGCAGCAGCAGGCCUCAGCGUAAGAACGAGACGAAAGUGAAGAGUGAAAAGAGUGAGAAGAAAGGAAGUAAAGAGAAGAAAAGCCGCAAGAAAAAAAUUAGUGGAGUUUCUGAAAGUCCACAAGUUGGAUGAUUCUCGCGGAAAGAGCAGUUUAUGUUUCUGGUACUCAAGAGGCGAAUAGGUCGUCAAAAUCAUCGGACAAUGAAUCACAAGCUGAGAGCACCGGGAUUGAAAAAGCAGAAGAUGAAGGACUUUGGGGUGCACUCAAAUCCCUUGCUGGGCGCACAGGUUCGUCAGGUGCAAAGUUCGGUAGCACCAGUUUACAAUCAUCGGUGCUUCAGUGGCCCCAUCUUAAUGUCGAUGGCUUUCUUACGAAGUCGUCCCUUAGAGUUCAGCUGGUCGUAGCACUAGCCACGACCCUAGCCGUUUUCUACAUCGUCUAUCCCCUGCUUACCAGAUUUUUGACAUGGUUAAUCGUCAAAUGGACAUCGUUCCGCUCCAAGUAACGAGUUGGCACCAUGUCACGUUACAUAUUGGAGUAUAAGUCCACGUUGGCUGCAAUUUAAAAUUGUGGUGUUUUGAACGUCGAGAGUUGAUAACCUGUAAAUAUUUUUUGACAGUAGAUACCUUUUAUAUCACCAAGACAACCUUCGAAUGGUAUGUAUCUUGGAUCAUGAUUCCAAAUGAAGUGGUUAACGGAAACAGCUUAUGGGUGAUGCAUCUGUGGGUCCUCGCCAUUCCUUUGACAAUUUUCUGAAAGUUUUAUUUAUCUGUGCUGGAUGGGAUCCAACGGGAUAUAGAUCGGCUGCUGCUGGGGCUCUUAAGUGGCUGAGGGACAAGAUCUGACAUUCUGGAGAAUUACAGCAGCAAGGUGCACAUGUUGGCAGCCGGAAAUAUCAUUGGAGGACGCGACAUUUACAAGAAUACACUCUCAAGGUGUCUAUUUGAUCUUCCUCAAUUUUUUGUAGCUCAUGUGGAGAAGCUCAGGUCCAAACCUACGUUUAUCUACAUUCACUUACAUCUGUAGGAAUGAGUAUACCUUUAUCUGUCCUGAACGUGCAUUCGCUGUGUUGAAUAAAACAAAUAGCUCAUGGUACUGCAUGCAUGACUUCUCGUGAACACUAUUAGACGUUGUUGUGACUUGUCCGUUCGUACAGUUCGCUGUUGCUUCCUGUUGCGGUCGAUAUCACAGUGCUUUCAAAGUAAAUCGAAUGAAUGAUGAAUCUGCUUAGGGACAGCCCAUAUAAAUUAUUUUUCAUCCAGAAUCAGAAGCAUGGCCUCUGCUAUGGACGACAGCUGAAUUACGUGGUUGCUUUUUCGCUACAAUUCCGCUGGCAGCCAAGAAUAUGUAAGCGGAUCUACUUUAUCUGUUUUAACGUGGAGACCUCAAAUCAUCACUAUAAUACUACUACUUUUUCUACA